GAGUGGCAGGCAAUCGAGAAAGCAAAGCAAGUCAAACUCGGGCAAAAGUUCAUUUGUUGCCUUUCUGUUUGGGGAAUGAAACGUGAAGACUAUUAAAUCAGCCUGAAUCCGAGGAGGUUAAUGUUCGAUACGGAAAACGUGGCAAAGGACAAAGAAGCAUUCAUUAAAAAUGAAUAAAAAGACGCUAUUAUUCGAGGAAAAAAGGCCAGCAAGCACUCAGUCGUCUUUGAUAAAUUACAACGGAGUUUCCUGUUAUUGAGUUAGUUUCCAAAGAUGUCGCCGCUUGUGUUUACGUCCUGUCUUUUGAGCACCUGGGUGUUGUGUUCAAUCGUUGCCUUCGCCGAGAUGGAUGAAUCUGCGCAAGAACUGAGAUUACUAGAUCACCUGCUUAAGAACUACAAGACACGCAGACUUAUCCGCCCCGUAAAGGAUCGCUCCAAACCAGUUGUCAUUGGUUUCAGUGCUGAGUUAAUCGGCGUAGCUAAAGUGGAUGAAAAAGAGCAGAUAAUCAAGACUCACUUUUGGAUUCGCUUGGACUGGAACAAUCCAUACAUGACGUGGAAACCAGAGGAGUACGGAGGAAACAAGGUGAUGAACAUUCCUCCCGAAAUGCUUUGGGUGCCUGACAUCAUUUUGUACAACAAGGAUUCCUCUUCUGAUUUUCAGCUUCCUUCCUUAAACAGCGCUGAUGAUCGCCUCAGCUUAAAAGCAACAUCCGGAUUCACAACGAGCGUCAAGGUCCGCCAUGAUGGAAACCAAACAUGGCGGGCUCACAUCAUUUACAAGAGCAUGUGUAACAUUAACGUCAAGUAUUUUCCAUUUGAUGAGCAGCAGUGUAAAAUGGUUUUCGCCUCUUGGUCGCACGACGUGAGCACGAUAGACUUAAGAAAGAGGAAAGGUCUUCCUGGAGGAAAAGCUGUAGCUAAAAAAGACAGAGGAUCUGACGUGUUCCAGGAAAACGAGGAAUGGACCGUGGAGUGGAUUACCAUCGAAAGGCACGAGAAAGAAAACGACUGUUGCGAUUUACCGGUUGCUGAUUUAACCGUCACGAUGCUACUGCGUAGACGCACCUAUUACUACGUCAUGAGUCUUAUCUUGCCCUGUACUCUCAUAGCCUGUACCAUCUUCCUGGAGUUUAUUCUUCCAGCAGAGUCUGGAGAACGAGUGGGACUGGGUAUCACCAUCCUUUUAUCGAUGGCCGUGUUCCAAGAGCUGACCUCUGAGAAGCUUCCCUCAAGCUCAGAACACUUUCCUCUGUUAGCUAUGUACUAUUCAGUGUCCAUCAUGGAGAUAGGCACAGCACUCGGCGCUACCUGCAUCAUUCUAAAUUUUCACCACCGAAACACAAAGAUGCCGAAUUGGUUCCAAAAGAUCGUGCUGGAAUGGCUUGCCAAGAUCGUGCGUUAUGAGCUCACCUGCAAUCGGCAUCUGACAAACGGUGAAGCUUUAAAUGACAGCACACAGAAAGUAAUGCAAUCAAACACAAAUAGUGACAGGAAAAGGAACGACGCAUUUGAUUUGGAAAGAGAAUCAAUUGAAUAUGAAAUGGACCUUUACGAGGAGUCUCGCGCGGGACGUGAUCAAGUGCCCUUGGCCCAAAAUGGGAACAUUGCGACAAAUCACGUCGUCAGGAAGCGCUCAGUCAAAUGCAAACCGCAGGAUUCUGAAACCGAUGCCACAGAGGUACAGAUAUCAGAGGCGAAGUUUCCUUUAUAUGACUUCAACAGGGAAGAAUUUUACAAAAAGCAAUGGCAGGACGCGGCCAGGAUCUUAGAUCGAUUUUUGCUGUUAGCAUCGAUUGUUAUCGGGUCAGUCUCAGCCCUGAGUAUUUUCUUGCAAUCUCCUCGCAUCAGAGAACUGUUUAUUCCGUGACGAAGGGACCCCAACAUCGUGUUUGGAGGGAAGUUGUUUGAGGCUGCAAACCAUGACUUCGUAACUAUUGAGUGACUUGCCCUUGCUGUGGAAGUGUUGGUGCUGCAUCAGUAGUUGAGGGGGAAACGAUAUCAAAAAAUCCAUCUUAAAUGGUAAGAUUAUUACCUUAUCGAGACGCAAAAACAUUGAAACAGACCAUAAUUUUUGCAAGAUUUCGUGGAGCCAACGAUUUAGGGUAAACUUGAGUUUAAGGCGUCAAUUCUUUCAAUCAAUUCGUUGCUAACCUAGUGUUAGACAGUCAAGUAUCUUCAUUUGAUCGAUCAGAUCUGGCCAUCUGCAUGAAAUAUACCUCGGCUAAAAUUCAACCGUAAGGGUAAAAGUCGUGGUUUUGUGUUACUGAUGCAGAAUACUAUCAAAUCUUAAAUGUUGGAAAAGUGGAUUGUGAAUGUACGCCAAAAACUUGACAAGACCUCCCCGAAACAAUUAAAAUCCCAAAAAACAUGGCAUGGACUCGAGAAGUCGGAAGCAAGACAAACAUUAGAUUCAUUGUCUGAUGAAAGGGCAGAUUGUUUAUUCAAGGGACCACGUCAGAGAAUGGUUGUAAAACUGUGUCAUUAUAUCCUCUAAUUUAAAAUAAUGAAUGAACGUUAAAUUGAUAAAUAAGAACUCCUACAAAAAGGCAGUACUCUAAACUCCUAAGUCAUAGGACUCUGCGACACGUUGAGUUCUUUUUCGAUCGAGAAAUGAAAAAAUUACUUCUAUGCGUUAAAUAAAGCUACCAGGGUGCAUAAUCUCUAACUGAGUAAAUAGGCCGAAAAGGGCUUGACGAGGCUUAUAUCAUUACGCUAGAAAGUCAACCGUAUCAAUACAGUUUUUUUUAAGAAAAGGUGAUGAUAAACAAGCAUCAUGUGAGAUCACUUACAGAUAAAACCCCGCUCUCGAGGUUUUCCGCAUCAGUUAUAAUUUAUAAUUUAUAGAAUUACCAGGCUGCAUUAGGAUAGGCGUGAGGGUGAGUUCAUCGCAAUGACGAAUCAUCCAGCGUAGCAAAUCUUGAUAAAAUCACAGUAAGGUUGUUUAAUGUAUGUCAGUAUUAUUGUUCCACGGUCAAAAAAUGUAUAAAGUGUUAGUAUCGACCCAUCGGCUCAAUUUCCGCCGUUUGCUCGGAACCGCUUUCCGAUCUUCAAAAGAAGUUCGGAAGAAGAGCCUAGGCUCGUUUUCUGAUCAGCCGUUGGUAAUAGAGUCUAAAAGAUCCCUGCCGUCGAAACUGUAACACACAGCGGUCAAACGUCGAGCAUGCGCAAAGGCCAGUCGCAUGCCAGCAUAAAAAUUUGAGAGGAAUACGUAAAGAAACAAACACUUUCUCGCAAAAUAAGCUUUUAAAAUUGAAAUGCUCGGAGAAAUCUCAAAAAGGAACCAAACUAGGGAAAGAAGUAUAUACUUAAGUGGCCAAAAAUGUUAUACUCUUUUAAAACACAGUGACUUACUAGAAUGUGUGGUUGUUUGUACUUCGUGUGGGACAACUUGACUCUGACUGACAGCCACCAUGUCACUGUAGCGUAUGCACAUGCGCAGACGUUUAGCCGUUGUGUUAAUUGCAGUGAGCUGUCCCUUCUACCCAACAGUAUCGUGGUGUAAUAAGUAGAUUGAUAGAUUUUUCAUAAAGCUUAAUUGUAAGAAACGACAUGACAUAGUAAUGGAUACCGACCACAAGGAAACAAAAGAGUUUUAUCUAGAACUUGAUUAUUUUUUGAAGAUAUAUUGAAAAGAAAUUAAAUGUAAUAAUGCAUCCUUACUGAGUAUUUUUAGUACUUCCUCUGCGUACAAAGAAAAACAUCUAGAAGAAGAGCAUGACUAACGUGGUAUGUUUACAACUUUUGUGCUAAUGCGUGCGUGCGUGUGUGAGUGCGCGCGCGUGUGUCCGUGCCUGCAUGUGUGUCCGCACCUGUUUUAAUGAAUAGAUAGAGCGAACGUGCAAGGACUGGUGCAAAGCGGAGACCGCAGCUCGCGUGUUUGUCAUUUCAGGUGCGGCUCAUACUUUGCUCGCGCUUUGGACGAUGAUUUAAGUCAAGGUAUGACCAACACAGAAAUAUGGAUGAGUAAAGACUCGGUCGUCAGCAUUUGUGAAAACCUUGGCUAUGUUGCUUAGUAUGUCUUUUUUAUCUGACCAUUAAAGUCCGCUGAUUACCGACAUUUUCCUCGAUGAAAUCUUGAUAAAAUUUACACCGCCCACCGUGCAAACGUUAUAUAAUCACACAUUUAUUUGGAUAUAAGACCCUUUUAACAAGUCGAGGAGGAAGUUAUUUGUAUAAAACGAGAGCUAAUAAGCAGG